AUGAAAUAAGUAUACCGAAAGUCCUUGGUACUUGUCUGAUCAAUCACACUGAUAGCUUCAAUAGUUCACUGAAAUAGCCUUAGACCUGUUUUUUUGGUAUUUCACCGGUUUCCAAUCCAGUAUACGUAUAGUAGGCCUCCUUCGCCACGACAUUAGUGGCUUAGGCUUAGCCCUUCGCGCGCUUUCUUUCGCCCUAAAAUCGUAUCGGCUUGGCUUCGCUAUCGCUCAUGACUUGGUAUAGAGCCGUGUAGUCGUCGGUCUUAGCACCAGAAUGCCUAUGAUACAGUAAGAAAGUACGUUAAGGUUACGAAGUCACUUUUUCGUUUUUCAACUUAAUCUCAUCCGUUGUGGCGGAACACGCCACUUCAUUUCAAACGCCCAAAGAAGUCUAUGGCGUAAAACAAGACUUAAGUCCCACUCACCAUAAAAGAGUGAUAAAAAGUGGGCAGAGCAAUGAUCGUAAAUGUGAAAUGAAAGCAUUUUUCGCGCCGUAGGCCGACGAACAGGCAAAUUGAGCCCGUGGAUACGGCCCGUAUUCAAUAUUUCGAAGGAUUCGAGGCUCUCAAACCGGAUCCAGGCGAUAGCCAUGAGCUCUUGCUUCACAAAGGCUUCUCGCUUGAUCGAUCAUUACUUUCAGUUACAUAACUUAGCCGUUCCGCCAUCACACACCAGCUUGGACGUAGCUCGCCACCUGGAGAGCUUCAAUACGGCAACUCCCGCGGGCCUGGGUGCUGACCCCGCGCUCAAUCUUCUUUUAGAAUUACAUAAUCCUUCCAGUGAGCUCUACAUAGAAUCAACCAGACUCCUGCUGUCAUGGUUAUAAGGCUCUCUGGUUGGAUGGUUGCACGUGUUUCUUUUCUUUUUUCGGUAUGCCGCUCCGCGAGCAAGGAGUGCCACGCACGAGCGAAGCAAAAAGGGAAUUCUUCUAUUGGGGAUUCUAAUGAAUGAUUCAUGAAUGACGAAUCAAAAAAUUCUAUACAAUUCUGAAAGGGGGAAAUCCUUUGAUUGCGUAUUGAAUAUAGAUCCAUGUCUUUCUUGUUCCACUAGCUAGGACCAAAUUCUCACAUGUCCCUUUCGUUAUUACAACCUUAUUUUUUGAUGUCAAAGACCAGAAGCUACGCGAAAAUUCUCAUUGGAUCUCGGUUGUUCUUAACAGCGAUGGCUAUUCAUUUAAGUCUUCGGGUAGCACCACUAGAUCUUCAACAAGGUGGAAAUUCUCGUAUUCUGUAUGUACAUGUUCCUGCGGCUCGGAUGAGUAUUCUUGUUUAUAUCGUUACGGCUAUAAACACUUUCUUGUUCCUAUUAACAAAACAUCCCCUUUUUCUUCGCUCUUCCGGAACCGGUAUAGAAAUGGGUGCUUUUUCUACGUUGUUUACCUUAGUUACGGGGGGGUUUCGGGGAAGACCUAUGUGGGGCACCUUUUGGGUGUGGGAUGCUCGUUUAACCUCUGUAUUCAUCUUGUUCCUUAUUUACUUGGGUGCACUGCGUUUUCAAAAGCUUCCUGUCGAACCGGCUCCUAUUUCAAUCCGUGCUGGACCGAUCGAUAUACCAAUAAUUAAGUCUUCAGUCAACUGGUGGAAUACAUUGCAUCAACCUGGGAGCAUUAGCCGAUCUGGUACAUCAAUACAUGUUCCUAUGCCCAUUCCAAUCUUGUCUAACUUUGCUAACUCCCCCUUCUCAACCCGUAUCUUGUUCGUUCUGGAAACACGUCUUCCUAUUCCAUCUUUUCUCGAAUCUCCUUUAACGGAAGAAAUAGAGAAGCGAAUACCCAAGCCUAGUUCACUCGCUGAGUCUCUUUGCAUCCAUGGCUGA